CAGCCAGAAAGAGGCAGUGAAGGAAACAGUGCGGCACUUUGAGGACGUUCUCCUGCUAACAGUUUGUGUUUCUGCUCGUUAAUCGGAUAUUUAAUCCCGCACGCGGCCGAGCCGAGAGGUGAAGCGUUUCCUUGGCGCCACCGUGGAUCUGCGGAGGUGGAGGGUCACAUCACAUGGGAGUGUGCGACUGCACGCGUGACGGUGUGUGUUUAGGCCUCCUGCCGUCGCUCGCUCGUCCCAGACAGGCAUGGCGGGGGGCAGGGAGCGCAGCGGCUCGAGGACGCAGAGGCCGUGGUCGGUGUACCGAGCCAACACGCUGGAGCUGUCCAACGAGAUGAUCAGCUUGGCGCUCGCAGGAAAUAGUCAGGACCCAGAUGAACCUGUGCUGGAAUUCAGUGUGGCAUGCACAGACCUGGUGACUCCUUCUCUGGACCGAAAACCCAACACCUUUGUAGCAGUGAGCUGCACGACACCGCCGCAGGCCUUCUGGACCAAACACGCCCAGACUGAAGUCAUAGAGGGCACCAGUAACCCCAGCUUCCUCAGCAGCAUUGCCUUCUUCCAGGACUCCAACAUCAACCAGCUGACGCAGGUCAAACUGGCUGUGUAUGAUGUGAAGGAUCGCUCGCAGGGCACGAUGUACAUGUUGGGCUCUGCACUUUUCCCUGUGAAGGAGAUACUGCAAGAGAAGAGCCACAAAUUACAGCUCGAACUGCGAUCAGCAGAGAACCAGCGGGUAGGGACCAUCACUGUGGCGGCGUGGCAGAUGGAGGAGAGAACAGAUCAGAGGAUGUCGAUGGGACGUCUGGCAGAAAGCAUCAACGGCCGGACAGUGCUGCCUGUCGACGAGAGCCUGACAGAGUCAAUGGGAGUCCGAAUCAAGUACGCCUCGUUGUGUAAAGAUACCCUGCUGCGCUCAGUGUUUGGCGGCACGAUGUCGAGGAUGUACCGCUUCCCCACCACUGAUGGGAACCACCUACGAGUGCUGGAGCAGAUGGCCGAGAGCGUCUUGUCUCUAAACAUUCCCAGACAGUUUGUCAAACUGCUGCUGGAGGAGGAUGCAGCCAGGGUUUGUGAGUUGGAGGAGUUGGGAGAGUUGUCCCCCUGCUGGGAGAACCUGCGGCGGCAGAUCGUCUCUCAGUACCAGAACAUAAUACUCGCUUACCAAGAGACACUGUCUGACCUCAGUGAAUACAGAGGUCCAUUAUUCAAAGCCAGUAACCUGAAAGCAGACAAGAAGCUGGAGUUCAUGCCCACUAACCUUCACGUUCAGAGGAUGAGGGUGCAGGAUGAGCUGGGUUUUGAACAGACAUAUGAUGUGGUAACAGUCGGCGCCCCGGCCGCUCACUGCCAGGGUUUUAAGAACGGCGGUCUGAGGAAGCUCAUCCAGAAGUUCGAGGAAGCAAAGAAACACGUAUAUGAGGAGGAAUGUAGCGCCCUCUCCAGCUCUCAGUCCAUCAUCUACAUACCCCAGGACAUUGUCCGAGCCAAAGAGAUCAUCGCCCACAUCAACACGCUGAAGACUCAGGUCAGCUACUACGCAGAGAGGCUGUCUCGAGCUGCCAAAGACCGAUCGGCCAGCGGACUGGAGUGGACGCUCGCCAGUCUGGCUGAUAAGACCCGUCAGCUGGUGACAGUGUGCGACUGCAAGCUGCUAGCUUCAGCUAUUCAGGCCCUGAACGCAGCGCGGCCCGAGUACAUCGCCUCCAAAGCGUCUCCUUCCGCUGAGUCCGAACAAGUAGUGCUCCGCAACGACCAGGACACACUGACAGCAAAGUACAGCGGUCGCAACAGCCGGUCUUCACUGCAUGUGGACUGGCACGAAGAGGAGUGGGAGAAGGUGUGGUCAAAUGUGGAUAAGUCUCUGGAGUGCAUCAUCCAGCGCGUCGACAAGCUGCUUCAGAAAGAGAGGAGACCCAGCGUCGGCAGUCAGGACAGUACCCAGAGUGACCAGCAGGGUGGCAGCAGUAAGAAAGGCGAUGGUGGGAAGUGUUUAGCUUUCUGGAUCAACCCAGAAAGUACGUCAGAGGAAUCUCCAUCCUUACCACCAUCAUCAUCAUCAUCACUAUUAGAACUGCCUCCACCAUCAUCAUCAUCUCCACCACCAUCCUCUUCCUCUCAGCUUGCCCUCUCCUCUGCACGGCCUCCCAGCCCCGAACAGGAAACCUAUGGAAGCCCCAGUGCUGAGGAGGCGUAUCCAGGCGAGUGGAGCGAGGCGCUGUACCCUCUCCUCACCACGCUCACGGACUGCGUUGCCAUGAUGAGCGACAAAGCCAAGAAGUCUAUGGUCUUCCUGCUCAUGCAGGACACCGCCCCGACGAUAGCCAUGGACGUGUCACUGCAGUACCGCCGCGACAUUGUCUUCUGCCAAACGCUCACCGCUCUCAUCUGCGGCUUCAUUAUCAAGCUGAGGAACUGUCUCCGUGACAACGGAUUCCUGCGACAGCUCUACACCAUCGGCCUUCUCGCUCAGUUUGAGUCCCUGCUCAGCACCUACGGAGAGGAGCUCGCCAUGCUGGAGGACAUGAGCAUCGGCAUAAUGGAUCUACGCAACGUCACCUUUAAGGUCACCCAAGCAACCGGCACCUCCACCCCCGAGAUGCUGCCGAUCAUCACAGGAAACCGGGAUGGCUUCAAUGUCCGCAUCCCGCUGCCGGGGCCCAUGUUCGAAGCCCUGCCCCGAGAGAUCCAGAGCGGCAUGCUGCUGCGGGUGCAGCCGGUGCACUUCAACGUGGGCAUCAACGAGCAGCAGACGUUGGCCGAGAAGUUUGGAGACACGUCCCUGCAGGAGAACAUAAACUCUGAGAGUCUCUCCAGACUGAACUCGUACUACGAGCAGUUCAAAGAAGUCCUGCCGGAGGACUGCCUCCCGAGGUCUCGCUCUCAGACGUGCCUUCCUGAACUGCUCAGGUUUCUCCGGCAGAAUGUCAACGCCAGGAAAAACAAGAACGUAGACAUCCUGUGGCAGGCUGCGGAGAUCUGCCGGCGGUUGAACGGGGUUCGCUUCACCAGCUGCAAGAGCGCCAAAGACCGCACCGCCAUGUCCGUCACGCUGGAGCAGUGCCUGAUCCUGCAGCACGAGCACGGCAUGGCGCCGCAGGUCUUCACGCAGGCCCUCGACUGCAUGCGCAGCGUUGGCACGAGGGAGGGGGUGAUCCAGAAGAACCUGAGCGGCUUGCUGCCGGUGCGUGACUUCCGGCUGGACCCCAGCCUCAUGUACUCCCUGCCCCUGCUGGCCCUCAGCCCCAACCUCCUGGUGGUGUGGAUCUUCCUCAGCAUGGCCUACUUCCUGGCCAAACUGCGCUGCAGCUGAGCGAGCAGCUCUACGCUGGAAGUGACCAAACGUCAAACGUACUGCGAGGGUGGGCGGGGACUCUCCACGCUGACUCCCCGGGGUGUUUCUGAAACUGUGCCACUGACCUGUGAGAGGGGUGUAAUCAGCUCACACACACUGUCCCACCCUGACUAAGGGCUGUACGCGACUUACAUCCCACUUAUCAGCAGCCACGCUUUGGGCUUUUUCUUUCUUUUCUAUUCUUUAAACAUCUUUUUCUUUUUUCUAUUAAAAACCUGUCAUAGCUCAGGGGUGUCAAACUCAUCUUAUUCGUGGGCCACUAACCCAAUCCUGUAUGAUCCUAACAGGACCAGAAGGCUAACCUCUUCCCACUCCCCUAAACCUCCAAAUUGUUCUUAAUGUAAUGAAUUGAUCUGAUUUAUAAAUCUGAUAAACUCUCUGCGAUAUCUUGAACUCCUGAGACCCUGCAUCAUCAUACAGGGAUAUACGGUAACAUAUUUACUCUUCAUUCUUCUUAAUAAAGUGGGUUUUAAAAAAAAAACAAUGAUUACUUUAUUCUGUUGGGCCGUCGAAGAAAUAGUGGAGUUAAGAUUAGGUCCAGCUAAUCGUAAAUCGCUAAGAGAAAUUAAAAAUGCAUCCCUAACGAGAGCUCGGGUUUCCGGAGGUUAAGGACAGAGUACAACGAGAAGACGUCCUCAGUCUUGCAGGUCUAGCGACCCCUGCCUGUCAACCACCAAUAGUUAUGGAAAAAUGUGCAGCACCCACUUUGGUGGGCCUUUUGCAAUGUUCUGAUGACAUUUUUUUUUUGUCUCUAUUUCAAGUUUUACACCUUUCAGUUUCACUGCUGCUCAGUAAGCAGUUGCAGACAAGUUGUCUCACAUGCAAAAUAUGACUGACUCCUGGCUAUCCAGUAGCAGCUACAACAGUGACGUUUGUAGCGCAGCACCUUGUACGUCUUUACAACCACUUGGCAACCUAUUCAGUAAUGCACAUUUUUCCCUAGCAACCUGUGGCUGCCAGGGAUUCACCAACUGGUUUCUAGUUCUGUGUGCCUGAGGUCUUAGUGGCCUAGUUCUAUCCCACUUGUUUGACACUCCUGAUAUAUUCAUUGUGUUGCCUACACUUGAGCGUGAGGCCACAUGCCAUGUUCACACUAAGCCUGCUGAAUGUGAAUUCUACAUGAUUCCAUUCAUGUGUUUUUUAGGAUCGUAUUCGUCCACGUGUACGUGCCGAAAUUACCCAGAUUAUUUCCUUCUCUUCUCUUCCCUUUUUUUUGUCCAGGAUUAAGAAAGCAGACACUGCUGUUUUAAACUCACAAUUCACUUGUCACUACAGUCCAAAACGCUGCCACGUGAUUAAUCCUUUUUUUGGGCUUUUAUGUGAAAUACUAAAUUUUAACCAUUACGAAGUCCUAAAUCUCCAAUUCUGUUUUCUUUACUGAGGUUUAACCAAACAUGCAUUUUUCUAAGACUUUACAGAAACUAAUGCUGUGAUUUUCAGAUUCAGUGUUUCUGAAAAAGCUCAGUUUUGUCCGCGUGGACGGUAUUUGCCAAAAAGAGGACUUUCAAAAAAAAUUCAGCUGGCUCCGUGCGAACAUAUAACACAAAACCAUUAAAAGACAUUAAGAUAUUACCUUUAGUAACUCACAGGAUUAUCCAAAUCCACUUCCAGUACUGCCUAAUGAGAGUGUAUUACAUCUUUCUUAGUGUAUAGCGCCCUCUGAUGGACAUAUUUUGCUCCUUUGUGAUGGUCAGUGAGUACUCUGCCUUACCCUUCACUGGUGGAAGGUAACAGUUUAUUGUAAAGAGUGUAUAAUGUGUAUAAGGAUAAGCAGAUGAUAUCUAAACUUUGCUUUCAGGAAAGACCCACAGUAGCAAUCAGAUGAUUAUUUUAUUCAUGAUUUAAGCUCAGCGCAAACAGCUUAUAUCAUCAAUACAUUUUCUGGAACAUUUGGUUUAUCAUUGUCUUCCAUGUGCUUUUGCACUUGCCCUACACGCUAAUGUGGAGGAACCUAAAGCUUUUAUCUCGUGCCAAAAUGAAGCAAGUACGCGCUUGCUUAGAUAUAUAUUUUUAAGGCAGCAUUUGCUUGUUUUUGUUUCUUUUGGUCUUCCUGCUUCUUUAUAGACGGUGGAAGCAUUUUCCUGCUUCUGCCUGAGCUUUUGCACUUUCCAGCAGAUCCGGGUCUGUCUCUGUCUUUGUUUAGAUCCAGUCUAUUGAAAUGUUUAUGUGAGGCAGUGUUAGUGUUAGGAAUCACCUGAUAGCCCUGUUUAAUCAGAAAAAAUGAACUGAACCCAUUAACUGACCGUUUAUUUGAUGGACAUUAAACACAUGUCUCUUGUGCUGCUGAUAUGAAAACUAUGCUUGCUCACAUUCAUUUAGCCUAAAACAAAAAGCCCCGUGACAUGUGUGACCCGUUUUAAAAGAGGAGUUCACUGAGCAGCAGGAAUACUGCGCCAAACUGUGUCGACUAAAUGCGUAUUGGCACAAGUACAAGCAGACAAAUUAUUAUUUUGAACUCCUAGCACACACCACAAACAUAAAAUCAUAAAAGCUGAAAUAUUGUCGCUAGUAGACGGAACAAUCUAACAGUCUUAUAUGGAGUGUAGAGUGUGCCAAAAUAAGUAACGUCAAUGGUGAAAGCUGUUAUUUGUGUUCAAACCAGUGUUAAAAAAUAGAUGUGGAAAAAAAUAUUUAGUUAACUGGAAUAAAAUGAACAACUAGGCUUUUGAAAAAGAAAACUACUUGAAAUGAUGCAACCACAUAACUGCCUUAAAAUAAAUAACAAUACACUGGAAAUGUCUUUGU